AUGUUUCAAGGGUUACUUUUUCAUGAGCACAGGCUUACCAAUCCUGAUGUCACCUUCCCAUUCCUCACGCUUUUGAUAUCAGGUGCAGUGGGGCUGACCAAUCCUGAUGUCACCUUUCCAUUCCUCACGCUUUUGAUAUCAGGCGGGCACAACCUUUUGUUAUUGUCACAUGGGGUGGGGCAGUACACUCAGCUGGGAACCACGCUAGACGACGCCAUGGGUGAGGCGUUUGACAAGACAGCACGUCUGCUAGGUCUGGACUUGUCGGGGCCGGGAGGCGGAGGGGCAGCAGUUGAAGCGCUGGCAAAGGAAGGAAACCGAGAGAAGUUCAAGUUCACUGUGCUGCUAGCGCGUGUCAAGAGCUGCGACUUCCCCGUUUCAGCCCUCUCUAACCCAACGGCAGCUCAAACUAUCCCUAUUGCCGAAGCAACGCCGGAGGACUGGCAGUUACGAGCCGACAUUGCUGCCUCUUUCCAGGAGGUGGCAGUGUUGCAUCUGCAGUCGCGGGUGCAGAGAGCCAUUCAGGUGGCGAGGGAAUCAGCUCCUGCGAUUGACACACUGGUGAUGGCAGGAGGAGUGGCGUCUAAUCAAGUUGUUCGCACGCGGAUCGCAGCCAUCUGCGAGCAGGCGGGGGUGAGGCUCGUGUGCCCUCCGCCCCGCCUCUGCACUGAUAAUGGUGUCAUGGUGGCAUGGGCGGGGGCGGUGUCAGGCACGUGUGGAGAGGGUGUUUUUGAUACGUCUCUCUCCAUACGUUUUUUCGCCACUCUCUCUCCUUUCUUCCCUUGCAUUUUCCAUGCAUCAUCAGGGGGGGGCCAUCAGGUGGAGCUCAGACCGCGAUGGACCCUGGCAGACCCCCCAUCCUCCCCAUCACACUCCAUCCUCUUACCUUUUUUUUGUCCCCCACUCCCCUUCCUUGCCAUGCCUCUCCCUUUGAUUGACCAACAUCAGAUCCUCUCAACUGAAGGGCCACAGGCCAUGGCCCUUUUCUUGUCGGGAAUGGGUCCGUCCAUCGGUGCCAAUCCAAUGCACUGCAGACAGAGCUGCCACGUGGCGCUGAGUGCACCCUGGACGGAGGACGAGGUUCGGAAAGCAAUACGGGAACUUGCCCCAAGGAAAUCACCGGGCGCUGACGGGCUGCCUAAAGAGCUCUUCGAUCACAACUGGGGGCUGCUGGGACCAGUGCUGAUGGACCUGGUGAGGAGAUUCAUGGGCGGAGAGGCGUUGCCGCACACGGUCUCAACAGCUGUGACCAUCCUGCUGCAUAAGAAGGGGGAUAAAGGCGACCUGGGGAACUAUCGGCCGAUAACGCUCCUUAGUACGGUUUACAAAAUCAUAGCAAAGGUGAUGGCGGGCCGGCUCAAGGUGGUGUUGCACGAGGUCAUCUCGGAGGACCAAUACGGGUUCCUACCUGGUAGGCAGCUGGCGGACGCGGUGUCGGUGGUCGCGGAUGCCAUAGAAGCAGGAGCAAAUGGGAAAGAGGACUGGUACCUGAUGAUGAUUGAUUUUCAAAAGGCUUUUGACUCAAUCUCGGGGGACUACCUCUUUGACACGUUGCGGAAGCUGGGUUUACCAGAGGUUUUCGUAUCCUGGACAGAGGGGCUGCACAAAGACGCGGGGACGUGCGUGCACAUCAAUGGCUGGACAGGAGACAGGGUGGCGGUGGAGAAGGGAGUGCGCCAAGGCUGCCCGCUGGCGCCGUACCUCUUCCUCUGUGCAGUAGAGCCGCUAUGCCAAGAGAUUAAUCGGAAAAAGCUGGGAAUCGGGAAGCGAGGUGUGGGCACGCUAGCAUACCUGGGUUACGCCGAUGAUACAUCACUUUUACUGCGCGGAGCAGAGCAGCUGGAAGCAGCGGUGGAUGUUCUGACAGUCUUCGGAAGAGAGUCAGGGCUGGUGGUGAACGAGGGGAAAACGGUAGUCUUCCCGCUGGGGAAAAACCGUGGGAAGCCGCCACCGCACAACCUGCGUUACAAAUGGGCGGACAAGGAGGAGCCGGAGUGA